AUGGGGAAAGCUACUUCGACUAUCAACAACAAGGAUGUACCUUCAAACUACCAUACGGUGGCUAUUUGUCCAAAUCUUCCAAGGGUAAAAAAAUCUUAUAAGAAUGAAAAGCUCAAGAAUCUUCCACCUAUGGACUACUGGAUAAAGAAGAUUGAUAACGCGAUCGAUAAAGAACGCUAUAAAAUUCAACAUAUCGUUGCCAAUGGUCCUUAUACAUCGUCAACUCAAAAUCAUGCAAUAUUCUCGGCAUUUCUUUUUGCUUACAAUUCACAUGAAGACAUUAUUUUAUCUCCAGACGAUAUUUGGCUUAUGAUUUGUAUCUAUUUUUCGCAAUAUAUAAACGAAAAUGCCCAACAACUUCGAACACUUCUCAUUGAACAUAGUGGUCGAAAACGGUUGAUUGUUGAACAAUCAGACAUGAUUGAACCCGAUUGGAAGAAUUUUUUCGAGCAUAUGCAAAUAGAGUUAGGCAAGAAUGUGAAAAACGAUGUCAUGGAACUGUUGACAUGCAAUUUUUCAACAACAACUAAAAUUGAAUCAUUCCUUUCAUGUGUAGCCAUCAUGGAUAUAUUUAAAAAGUACUUCGAAUAUGAAUACUAUAUUACUAUGUGUGGUAUACGCAAUGUUCACUUCAUGGGUACACUCGAAGAUUGGAAGCUUCUACGUAAUAAGACUGCUAAACUCAAGAAUUUGACUGCACCCACUCGUGAUAAUUUCGGUAGUUAUAUCGAUGGUCUAUUACCUAUAAUUGAUCAAUUUAUUCAAACGUAUCAAGGCAAUGUCGAUAAUCAAUUCUGGAACAAGGUCAUGGAUAUCGAGCAUGUUGGUGGUGGAGAAUCGGGAAAGUGA